CUGUAUUUGGAGAGCCCUCGAGAAAUUCACUGUCUCCAGUUCUCACCAGUGAAUGGAAAUAUUUUGGUUGGAGGAUUAGUCAAUGGCCAAAUAAUCGUAUGGGAUAUAGGAGAACAUCUAGAAGGAAUUCAAGAAAUAUCUUUUACUUUGGAACUAUCUUCCAAAAAUCAGCGUGCUAUUGCAGCUCAUCUAAGAUGGAUGAAAGCAAAGAAACCAAAAACAUACAUACCACCUUGUGCUAUUUCUUCAUUACAGUCUUCUCAUACAACUUGUGUGAUGGGAAUCCAGUGGGUGUCCCCCUUUUGGCAUGUCACAGAAUCAGGAGACUUUUUGCGCUUAAAAGGCAGUACUCGAUCUCAGGAGUUCAUAACUUGUGCUCAUGAUGGUUGUGUUAAUUUUUGGGAUUUAAAAAAUAUGAAGGCAGAAAUAAAACUCAAAUCUCACCCAAGAAAGGAAUCUGCAAGACGAACUGGUGGAAAGUCUCAAUUGAUACCAAAACUCACACCUCAUUUUAAGGUUUUGACACAAGGAUCUGAGGCUGCAGAACAAGACAAAGAUUUAGAUGGUCAGCCUAUAGGUGUGCCACUUUGUGUAAUGGCAGUUGAUUAUAUACAUGUUCCUCGUAAAAAAGAGAAAACUAGUUUGAAGUCUAUGAAGCACUUGACUGCAGGAAAGCAGUUAAUAUCAUAUCCAAGUUCUCCUGAAAUUCCUGAUAUCAAACCAAAGAGUGAUGAUGAUUCACUUGGUUCUGAUAAAAAGGAUAAACAACUAAAGGUGACAAGGAAACGUGAAAUAACCAUUCCCAAAUCAGAAGUUGUUGUUGGAUCACUUGAAGGUGUAGUAACAAAAAUUAUAUGGAAUGAUUUUGAUUCAGACACUGAGCAGACAUCAGGACCACAAGUUGGCACAUUUGCUUAUUGGGGUGAGGUUCAUGAUGGGCCAGUUACGUCUUUGGUUCGUUCACCAUUUAUUCGUGAUUUGGUUCUUAGUGUUGGAGGAAAAAUAUUUGCUCUUUGGAUAGAAUCAGCAAAGGGAAACCUUUUGUAUCGACGAAAAUCAUCUGUAUUGAUGACUUCUGGUUCAUGGUCUGUUCAUCGUCCAAGCAUGUUUUAUAUCACACGUAUAGAUGGAAAAAUGGAAAUUUGGGAUUUAUUUGUUAAAAGUGAUCAAGACUCAUUUCAUCAGCGUCUGUCAGGGAAAUUGUUAACAGGAGUGUAUCCUCAUAUCCAUCUGGCACAAAGUAUCAUUGGUGUGGCUGAUACAAAUGCUCAGUUUCGUAUGCUCUGUGUUCCUAGUCAGCAUACAAAGGUGGAACAUGAUCAAGUUGGCAAAUUACAUCACUUGAUACAACAAGAAAUAUCUCGUAAAGAAUCAUUUAUUAUAUGGCAAAAGAACUGGGAAGAAAGAAAUGCUGAAAUGUUGAAAGCAAGAAGGGAAGCUGCUGAACUGGAAGCCAAAAGACAAGAAGAAGCUGAACGUGAGAAAGCAAGAAAAAUAAAAGAACAAAAGAAGAGAAAACAGCAACAACUGGAGGAAAGAAAAAGAAGGUUAGCUGAAAUUAGAGCUAAAACAUUCACUUGGAAAAAGGAUGCUGAGAAGAAAUGGACUAAAGAACAAGAAGACUACUUGAUUAAAACUCGUCUUAAGCAAAAAAAAUUAGACAAAGAAAAAUUGCAAAUAGAACAAAAACCAUAUAUUUCAUCUUUAGAAGAAGAGAAGGCCAAGAAAGCAAAACAAAAAGAAAGAUUAAGUCAAAAACAACAAAUUUAUGAGCAAUCAGUCAAUUCAUGUUUUCCUGAAUUAACUGAGAAUGUUAAAAAUGGAAAUACUUCAUCAGAAAUUGAUAUUUUACAAGUAGUAGAAAAAGACAUUCUUGAUUCAAAACCUUAUGAAGAUGUUGAAAAGGAUGCCUUGAUAUAUAUAAAAAAUCAUCCAUUUGAAAUGAAAUUUAAUUGGAUACAGUUCCUGAAAGAAGCACAUAUCAGAGAACGACGUCUACAAGAGGGAAUUAUUCAGGGAUAUCUUUCUUCCACUUGAAAUAGUAUAUCUACUGCUCCACAUGGUGACUGUCUGAACCUGCCUCAAACAUAAUGGCUGUAUAAAAUAUUUUAAAAAAUGUUUAUUUUCAUCGUUGAUUCACA